GCCGCCGAUGAGCACCAACGGCCUUUGGUUACAGAGGUCUUGGAUGAUGCAAGGCGGCUCAAUCUUACGGUCCUACGAUGCUGGGCGUUUUGUGACGGCCCCGACGAAUGGAACGCGCUGCAACCGGAACCGGGCAAAUUCAACGAGGCGGUGCUUGUGGGCCUGGACUGGUUAAUACAGGAAGCCGGGCGGCGCGGCAUCAGGCUGCUGCUGGUGCUUACGAAUUACUGGCCCGACUAUGGAGGCAUGCCCGCGUACGUCAGGUACGGCAUGCUCGUACAUCUUGCCGCUACAACACACCCCACCUCGCUCUUUUACACUGACCCACACAGCCAAGCCAUCUUCCGGCGUGCCGUGUCGGUGGUGGUUGGCCGAGUCAACAGUCUCACCGGGAUGCCGUACACUCAGGACCCCGCCAUCCUGGGCUGGGAGCUGGUCAAUGAGCCCCGGUGCGAGGCCUCCAGGGAGGGACCUGGGAACAAGUGGUUGAGCUCCACGGCGGACUUCGUUCGGGAGCUGGACCGUAACCACCUCAUCACGGCGGGGUUGGAGGGUUUCUUCGGGGCUAGCACGCCAGGUCUGAUGGCUGUGAACCCGUACGAGUCUGCAUCGGACCACGGCUCCGACUUCGCUGCCGUGUUCGCACAUCCCUCCCUGGACCUGGCCAGCAUUCACCUCUACCCCGACCAGUGGCUGCCUUUGGAGUCAAAGCCGGACGAAAUCAAGUCUUUCAUGCGCAAAUGGAUUCAGACCCACGCGACGCUAUGUGCCGGAUCGCGACUUCGGAAGCCGCUCGUGUUGUCCGGUGUGCGGCCUUAG